GGAUCCGAUCUUCAAUUCACCUUGUGUGUGUGUGUGUGCGCACAGUGGUUUGUUUGUUGCUAUCACUUCACUGUAGAGGAGAGGCUAAAGUGGGAUGAUCGACAACCUCAUCUCUCUUUGCUUCCAGGUUUUGUCUUUUUUCUCCGUGUUUCUUUGUUCUCGUCUUUUUGCAGCCGUGGAUGGCACAUCAUUCCGUGGGCUGGAUGCAUGGUUGAGGUACCUUGGGCAAGAAUUGGAUAAAACGACAAAUGGAAUAAUCUUCUCCAGGCGGGGGAUAAUGCAAGACGAUACUGGUUCUGCGCCACAGAAGAGAGGGAGAGAGAGGGAUCCUCCUAUUCAUUCUACGAUACUGCGAGACGAUAACUAAGGUAAGGUAACGCGUGGGU